UUUUUAUUUUAUUUUUAUUUUAUUUAUUUAUUUAUUUCCCAUUUGCUUGUUUCAAUUUCUCUUUUCAUAUUAGACCUAGUGGAGGGAGGAAUCUGCUAAUGUUUAAUGACCAUUUCCUAUACUGGUAGGGUGAAUAGCGGUGAAGUUAAUAUCUAACCAACAGCCAAUCCCCACACGAUACGUUAGCUAUUUCACAGCAAAGGAAGAGGAAACACAUUAACUACACAAAACUUGUGCAUAUUUUAAUCCCCUCUUCCCAUGCUCCCUUCCCCGCAUCAUACUUGCCAGGCUUUAAAACCCCCUCGUUGGUUCUAAAACAACGGCGGAAAAAUACAUCUCAUCCUUCCUUCUUGCCCUGCCCAAUGUAAAUUCCAACUUUUCUCAGCUUACUUUUUGCUAAUAAUUUGCAUUCGCUCAUUACAGAGUACAUAUCCCUCUCGCCAUCACACCACCUGCACCGAUAAGAUAAGCUCCCGCAGGCCCACCUGGAACCAAAUAUGACCCCUUAUUAAGCUUAAAAUCUUACCCGUAACUUUAAAAUCCCACCCAAGAACCCCCCUGAAGCUUGGAAGCAACCCAAUACCACCAACGGCAAAAUAGAAAAAAAGAAAAACGCACGCGACCCGCCACCCAAUUUCUAUCUUUUCUCUUUGUCCUCCUUUCCUCAGGUCAUAUCCCCCCUGACUACGCAGUAUGCGUUUUACUGAGCCGCCACCACCGCAAAGCCCUGUUAAAAAUGGCAACGGUGGUGGCAGAAUGCGCCAUCACCUGCGAAGAGGGACGUUUCCGUUUCGAAAGUCACGCCGUUCGAAGCCACGGAGAUGGCCUCUGGUCCUCCGCUUUAUAAAAGGCGCCGUACACGGCGCGAUCCUCAUCCCCGUCAUCCUACACGCGCUCUUCACCGCCUUAGUCGUCUAUCUGGAUAAAUACGUUUACACUCGUCUUGGCCUACCCGCGACAAUCAUCCCCUCCCUCUCCAUAGUCGUCGGUCUCAUCCUCGUCUUCCGCAACCAAACCUCCUACAACCGCUUCUGGGACGGCCGCAACAACCUCUCCGCCAUAAACACUUCCGUCCGCAACCUGACCCGCUCAAUCCUCACGCACGCCUACAACAGCCAAGCGGGACCUCUUACCCUCGCUGAGAAAAAUGAUGUUGAACGUACCAUCCGAGUCCUCAUGGCGAUUCCAUUCGCUGUGAAGAAUUACCUACGCGCCGAAUGGGGCGCGGCCUGGGCGCCGAAUCCUAAAAUGGGUGGUGCGACUGAUGGUGGCGGCGGGAGCGCGAGCCUCAGCCAUGCUGUGGAGAGUAGUAUGAUACUGCGACACCCGGAUAGGAAUGGUAAUGUCAAUCGUACCCGCGCGGGCGGGGACGGGGACGGGGACGGGGUCGGCGUUGCCGAUGGCGACAACGGCGACGAUAGUGAGGAUGGCGUGCGAGUGUUUAACCCCGAAUACGACAGCCUCUUGCCCAUGGGCAUGCAAGCCCACGAAGACGAAGGCCUGGGUCUACCCCUCCAACUAACCUUUUUCGUCGACGGCUUCAUAAAGCGUGGCUUGGAGCGCGGCUGGUUCUCAGCGCCGGGCGCUAGCAACCUGCAAGCCCAGCUCAACGCCCUGACGGACGCGUACGGGCGCAUGGAGACCAUCAAGCUAACGCCGAUCCCCAUCGCGCACCUCAUCCAUCAGAAACAGGUGCUGGCGCUCUUUGGUGCCGUGCUGCCGUUUGCCAUGGUGGAUGAGAUGGGCUGGUGGGCUGUGCCGAUCGUCUCGCUGGUUAUUUUUACGCUGUAUGGGAUUGAGGGGAUUGGAUCGCAGCUGGAGGAUCCGUUUGGGUAUGAUCGGAAUGACAUUAAGAUGGAUGCUAUCGUAGAGGAUGAGAGGGUGGAGAUUGAGGCUAUUUUGAAUGAGUGGAAGAAGGUCACGGUUGUGAGGGGGGAGGAUGGACUUGUAGGUGGUGGUGGUGAUGCUGGAGGGUAUGAGCCGAUGGAAAUGUUUAUACGGAUGCGAACGGCGACGCGAGAGCGCGAUGAGGGAGUGAGGAAUGGGAUAUGACGUUACUUCGUUACGUUUGUUGCUGAUGGAAUGAUAUAUAUGGACGACGACGUCCAUGCAUUAUGUGAGCGGUGAGUGUUUAGACUGCAUAUAUCCCCAUUUUCAUUUCAUUUUGCGUUUGCUUUUGCUUUUGCUUCCACCUUUGUCUACGGGUGGAUAUCUUAACGGAUGUUUUCUGCAUAUAUUUCCCCACUGCCAUCCCAUUCUUGGUUGUUAAAAAUCAAUAUUUCAAUACAAUCUAUCGCUUUAAGGGAAAUAAGCCAGGUAUGGUGCGCAUUAAGAUAGAAGCGAUAAGAAUCGGGUCGGUUUUGUGAAAGCCGGAGGAAAGAAAAACAAUAGGGGUCAAAUAGCAAUAAGCGCUCCUGUAACAGGUUUCCACCCGGCUCACUCCUUACUUUCCGGUGUUGGAGAAGUAAGCCUAAAACUACCCUCGCCAGGAUACAUGAACUCGUCGUUGUUGGGGCAAGCUAAUCCUGCACCAUCACCGUCAUGCAGCAUGUGUUCUCUCAAUUGUUCAGGUUCUGAAUCCAAUCCAGAAGAAACCUCAUAUUCAGACACCUGGAUCUCCAUGUCCAUCGGUGGCGGAGUGCCAGUCAUUUCCUCCUUGGAGAGAGAGUUUCCGAGACGGAAACAAGUCAAACGAGAAAGAAAGUCUUGAGGCACACUCUUCUGUUCUCGAUCUCCUCUCGGCCCCUGUUCCCGCUGACGAUCCGCAACCGUAUCCGCCUUCCUGGCACUCUCCGAAGCGUCAAUAGCAGAAGAAUCAGGAGGCGUGGUGGGUCGUUUCCGCGCUGGCGGCGGUUUAUGCGUAGGAGACUCAUUGGUAGCUUCGCUGUCGCUACUACCAAGUCUUGCACUCGAUCUGCUUCUCCUCCUCCCUCCCGCGCGCGCUCCUAACCGCCUUCUCUCCUUUCCGGCCCCCUUUUCCCUUUCCUUUUCCCUCUCCUUUUCCCUCUCCCGUUCCCUAUCCCUCCGAAUCUUUUUGAUCAUCACCUCCUCAUCCCCCGCACAUCCCUCAUCCCCUACGUCUUCCCUCGCCAACUCCACAGCAAGUUCCACCUCCUCAUCAUUCACCCACGAUUCAUCUUCCACCUGUACACCCGCCCUUUUAAGGAUCUUCCUCGCCUGCGCCCGCAUCCGUGCCCUUUUCAACAUGAUCCUAUCCGCCACCUUCUGCAGUUUUUCCAGAUCUCUCUGAAGCGAAAAGAGUGCGUCCACGAUCCAGGUCGGUGACCAGCCAUAGUACCUGCCCUCAAACGUACGGGGUCCGUAUGUGCGCCAGAAACCAUGUAGCGCCUGGAUAUUCCAGUGGUGCCGGGCUUGGUCGUGGCCUAACUGCACGUGCCAGAGAUGAGAGAGGAGUUUGUAUUCCUGGUCUUUGUGGCGGAAUUCGGGAAUUAGGGGGGCAGGCAGGUGGAUCGGGUCAUCGGCCAGGGUAAUGUCAGGGAGCUAAAGGGAGAAGGGGUAAGCAUGUGUGCGUGUACACCUCUUGUCCAUAAGUCGUGAUGCCUCUAUGAUCAGAUGGUGGCUUACAUAGAAUAUAGGAUAUCUGUAU